CGUGAUGAAAUAAUUAAAAAAAAUGUUCCUCUGACGUCACAAACAGACCUCCUGACGCGCCUCUCAGACGUCAGGAGGGAGAGGUACGUGCGCGUUCCCGACCCGCAUGUAAACCCUCGUCCCUCUGACGUCACCGCCGUCUGACGAUCAUCCGAAAUCCCCGAUGCGGCGGUGCGCGCUCCCGCGCCGCUCUGAAUGGGGGUCUGGGUCCAGCUCGUGACAGCGAACCCGGUCCAGCAGUGAAACCCGGAGUCCGCGCAUCCAGUCAGGUGUCCGCCCCCCUCCGCUGCACCGGCACCGUGCACGUUCAUUCAGUUAGAAGUGCACCGACGGGCGCAGCUGUCUCCGUGUGCCCGGGAUGAGCGAUGAUGGCCGGCUCUACAGCAGAGGAGAAAACCUUCCGACGGUUCCUGGAGCUCUUUCUCCGGGAGAUGAGGACGCCUCUGCAGGAGAGCGACCCGCCGCCGAUGCGCCCAUUGUCGGACCUGCUGGCGGACGACGAGGUGGAGGGGGAGUGCCUGGACCUGUGUCUGCAGCACCUCUACAAAUAUAACUGCCCCUGCUCCCUGGCUGCAGCGCUGGCCAGAGCCACAGCCGACCGCCUGCUGCAGACCGACCUCUCCAUCCACCACCUGAACCGGCCUGAGGAGGAGGGGGUGGAGCCUGUAGCACAGAUGGAGUCGGUGAAGCUGGCCUGGCUGGUGUUCAACCGGCUGUUCGAGGUCUGCUGCCUCUGGAUGGACGAGCUCCCGUUCCGCCGCCGGCCGCAGCCGUACUACGAGACGUCCAUCCACGCCAUCAAGAACAUGCGGCGCAAGAUGGAGGACAAGCACGUCAUCAUCCCCGACUUCAACUCGCUCUUCAACCUCCAGGACCAGGAGGAGCAGGCCUACUUCGCGGUGUUUGACGGACAUGGCGGUGUGGACGCCGCCGUCUACGCAGCCAACCACCUCCACGUCCACCUGGCGCAGCAGGAAUGCUUCAGCCAGGACCCGAUCGAGGCCCUGUGCCGGGCCUUCAGGGCCACGGACCAGGGCUUUGUGAAGAAGGCCAAGCGAGAGGUGCUCAGGUGCGGCACCACGGGCGUGGUGACCUUCCUGAGGGGCCGGACCCUCUACGUGGCCUGGCUGGGGGACUCACAGGUCCUCCUGGUCCGCAAGGGACAAGCUGUGGAGCUCAUGAAGCCCCACAAACCAGACCGAGCGGAUGAGAAGCUGAGGAUCGAGGCUCUGGGCGGUUGCGUCAUCUGGUUCGGCACAUGGAGGGUUAACGGCAGUCUGUCCGUCUCCAGGGCGAUAGGCGACUCGGAGCACAAGCCCUACAUCUGUGGCGAAGCGGACCACGACGUCUUCCCAUUGGACGGUUCUGAAGACUACCUGAUCCUGGCCUGCGACGGCUUCUGGGACACGAUGACCCCGGACGAGGCGGUCGCCGUGGUGAGCGACCACCUGGAGGAGAACACCGGCGACACCACCAUGGUGGCCCACAAGCUGGUGGCCUCGGCGCGCGACGCGGGCUCCAGCGACAACAUCACCGUCAUCGUGGUCUUCCUGCGGGACCCGCGCUCGCCGCUGGCCGCCGGCGCCCGGAAGGAGGGCGCGGUGCAGGGAGAGGCGGGGCGGGAGGAGGAGGAGGAAGACGAUGCCGUCGGGGCGGAGCGCGGCGACGGGGGGAAGGGGCGCGGCGGCUGGCCCGUGCAGCAGUGCUCGGCGCCCGCCGACCUCGGCUACGAAGACCGAACGGACUCCUUCACGGACAGAACCAGCCUGGACCUGAUGGGCCCGUCGCUGGAGGGCCGGGUCUCCCUGGUCUCACGCCGACCCCGACCCGACUUCUGCCCCGACCUCUUCGGGGCCUUCCACGUCCACCGAGGAGAAGAGCGCCCGCCGAGGCGCAGGUCCCGUCUCGCCCUUCGGGAGCCCGGCGACUCCGGCUUCACGGACCCGCCGUGGCCCCGGGCCGAGCCGCCGUGGCCCCUCGGCCCCGCGCUGUGGGGCCGGGCGGCGAGGCAGAGCCGCGUGCUCGGUCCCGGGAGCCGCCGGCGGGUGCGCCGGAGGCCGGGCGCCUCCAGCCGGCAGCUCGGGCUGCUGCCGGCCGGCCUACUGCUGCCGCUCACGCAGCAGCGCGCCGACCGGAGGCCCGGGGUGGCGGCGCCGCACCGGGCCCACGACACCACCUUCUAAGAAGAGGUGACCCAAACCAAAACCACACCCUCCACGUGUCCGGUCCCGCCCCCCCAGACCCCUCACGCCCUUUGAACCACGUUUAGAUUCUCAUCUCGUCGAGUUGACCCCUGACCCACACGCUGACCGACGUUACCGAUAUUACUACUCAUGUAUAUAAAUGGCGUAACGCUCCCUCGGAUGAAGUUUACCGCUGCUCCUGGUUUCUGGGACUCAUGCCGACCUCCAUCCCUCCGCUGACCUCUGACCUCGCCAUUAUCUGCAGAUAAAAAAGCACUUAACGUCGGAUUAUGAAAAGAUUAGCGCUCUCUCACCUGAAGCUCCGCCCAGUGUUCCCGACGGAUGAGUGGAGCGAUACUUUAAAACCUAUAUUUCGUUGAGGGGCCUCGGUACUCCCAGGUGAGAUUUUACUUUUCGGACGUAUUUUCCAGCCGGCUUGAUAAGUGCAAACUCUUUAGUGUUGAGCUGCAGUGCUUCCACUAAUGACCCGUGUUCACGGGAACUUAAGGACACGUGAGAGGAGCAGUCGGACUCGACUCUUAUUGUCAGGGAAGUGAGUACGUUUAUUUCCAGACCUUUAGGUUUCAAAUGACGCGAAGAAGAGAAUCUGUAAAUAAAAUGGCGGCGUUGACGACCACGAAAACAUCCCGAGUCGUCGGUUACGUUAGCAAAGCUUCGCGAGGCGCGGACGUCAUGGCUUCAUGUACCUAACACCAAAUAUGGUAGUUUCUCCUUAAUGCUAAUUCAUAAUCAUAAUUAACAAAUGUAAUAAUAAUAUAUAUAUAUGAAUCUAAUAAGACUGUACCACCCAUAUUCACUUGGUGAGACUGAUGUGCUUAAAACACACACAGUGGCAUCUUUACUGUAUCUAACCAUAUUUAAUGACUAAACUAGCUUUACGAAACAUUUGCUAUGAAACUAUGACAUCAUAAUGAACCUCUGACCCCUGGUGAACCCUGACGUUCCUAACUGUCGAUUGUCCUUUUCAAAGUACUAAACAACGCUUCGGUUGCCUCUUAAUGUUAUAUAUUAAAUGUGUUGUGGGA